UCCUCUUCCUCGUCGUCUUUCUUUGUCCCGUAACCAGCCAGUUCCGUGUCAGGAUUGAGUUUUGGGUCUGUGAAGCGUGGUCAUGGCUCGCCCUUUGACGAUCUAUCUACUCGCCUACAAUUGCCUCCAAUCCCUCGGAUGGGCGCUCGCCCUCGGCCGGGUCCUCAGCAGCUUCGUCUCGGAUAAGACCAUUCAUGGAGCAUAUGUGUCCGCCGGAGACCUUAUAUGUUUCUUGCAGACGAUCGCCUUCGUCGAAGUCCUUCAUGCCGCUUUCGGCUUGGUUCCCAGUGGGGCUAUGCUUGCGCUGAUGCAAUGGGGAGGGAGGACCCAUUUCUUGUUGGCCAUUAUUCGCCAAAUUCCGGAGGUUCAACAUCUCCCAUCAGUUUUCAUAACCUUUCUAGCGUGGAGCAUGUCAGAGGCAAUAAGAUACCCGCAUUAUGCUUUGAGUUGCAUUGGAAUUUCUCUGUCAUGGCUAACCUACCUCAGGUACACUGCUUUUAUCGUUCUGUACCCCAUUGGACUUGCUCCCGGUGAAAUGUGGCUUAUGUACCAAGCACUACCAUUUAUCAAGGAGAGAAACCUUUAUGCUAAAUUCUUUAGCAAGCUCGCCAUCAGCUACUACUAUUUUGUUCUGGUUGUGUUAAUCUUCUAUCCAUUUUUAUGGUUGAAGCUGUAUCUGCACUUACUUAAGCAAAGGCGUUCCAAGCUGGGGAAGCAUCGUAAAAUGAAGAAAGUUUAAACCGAGAAAAAAUGGUUAAAUUAUCUGUUACUUCCAAAUAUUCAUGGCAUACUCUAUAUUUCUAUUAAACUCAGCGUGCUAUCUAAAUGGGCCGAAUGGGCCGGACCGUGUCUGGCCCGAUCGUUUUCAUUUUGCCACGUAUAGCAAAAAGGUUAAUAAAUAAUGGGGAGUGUUUUGAUGCU